AUGUGACCAUCUGCUGAAAGUUCUUUUGCCACCAUUGCGUUUCUUUCUUUGCUCUUGCUCUUGCUCUUUCAAACAAACACGCACACGUCUCAAUCGCCGAUACACUCAUAAACUCAGUGCAUCGCUAGCUUCUUUCUUCAUUCAGUACAAGGAUACUAAGGAAUAACGCCUACUCUGCUAGGCUUGCACCAUUCAUUAGCUAUUAUGGACGCCAUCAAUGCUCGAAAGAACUUUGAGUUCAUCAACAAUAUCCGUUCCAUCAACCCAGAGCAGGACCAGAUUUAUUAUUUUGAUGAGGCCGAGCAGAAGCGCAUCCUCAAUGAAUCGCCGUGGAAGGAGGAUCCUCACUAUUUCACACACAUCAAAAUCUCUGCAGUUGCCUUGAUUAAGAUGGUUAUGCAUGCACGAUCCGGAGGCAGUAUCGAGGUCAUGGGGAUGAUGCAGGGUAAAGUGCAUGGUAAUACCAUAAUCAUCAUGGAUGCCUUUGCCUUGCCUGUCGAAGGGACAGAAACUCGAGUAAAUGCUGCUGUAGAAGGUUACGAGUACAUGGUCCAAUACGUGACACAGAUGAAGGAGGUUGGCCGUCUCGAGAACGCUAUCGGCUGGUAUCAUUCACAUCCAGGGUAUGGUUGCUGGUUGUCUGGAAUUGACGUAAACACACAGAUGCAAAACCAGAAGUUUCAGGACCCUUUCGUGGCUGUAGUUAUUGAUCCUAACAGAACCAUCUCUGCUGGCAAAGUUGAAAUCGGAGCCUUCCGCACCUACCCUGAGGGAUAUAAAGCUCCUGAUGAAGGUCCGUCUGAGUACCAGACAAUCCCUUUGAAUAAAAUUGAAGAUUUUGGAGUUCAUUGCAAACAGUACUAUCCUCUGGAAGUUUCGCACUUCAAGUCGACAUUGGAUACGCACCUUCUGGACCAACUCUGGAAUAAAUAUUGGGUCAACACACUUUCACAGUCACCUCUUCUGUCGAAUCGCGAGUACGCUGCCCGUCAAAUGUCAGACCUAGCAGAAAAGUUACAGAUGACUGCUUCGAUGGCGUCGCGGACGGGUGCUGGAGGGUUUGGGCCUAUGGCAAUGGGGGGUGCAGCCUCAUUCUCCAAGGAUAAGAAGAAGAAGCAAGAGGAAAGUCAGCUUGGCAAAAUCACACGAGAUAGCAACAAGAUCUCGGUGGAGGCUACCCAUGGCUUGAUCUCCCAGGUGCUCAAAAGUGUGCUUUUUACAGCCAAUUCUCAUCAAAAUCAGGAUGAUAAGAGCGCACUAGGACAUUUGCCAGAAACUCAUUCAGAUGCUGCAGGAGCAACAAAGUAGACAUGUUGGACAAUAACGGGCCAUCAGAGCUGCUUAGUGUACGAGAUUUGUAGAAGCUUCAUCUGAUCAAGAAAAUCAAGA